AUGAAUUCGUUUGCCUUUUCAAACAAUGAAAAUUCUAAUCCAGAUACGAUCGAUCAUUGCCUAUGUGUCAUUCAAAACCCCAUCAGAGCCCGUUCAUGUGGAUUUGGUGAGAAAGACAGGCGUCCAAUUGAUCCCCCUCCUAUUCUCAGACUUGAUGUCCGCGCAGACCAAACUCAAGCAAAAAGCCAAAGAACAACUCUCUUUCUGUUAGUCCAGUGCGAGUUAAUGGACGAAUACGGGGUAAAAAGCUGCAAUCUUGUAUCGAUUCCAAUAUCUCGAUCGAUAUCCAAUAUACCUUCGAUUUCUGAUGAGGAGAGCGGAAAGCCCAUGUCUGGCCUCGUACAACUCCAACAGCCUGAACGAGCAAGAAAUCUUACUGGAGCAACACAUUCAAACGCAUAUCAUCUCAAGGACGACAGAAACACAAAAGGAAUCUUCUUUAUCUUUAACGAUCUCUCGGUCCGUACAGAAGGCAUCUACACCCUUAAAUUUACUUUGAUUGACUUUUGUCCAAGAGGGCCACAUGGAACACCAAGUGGGGUACUUAGUGUAGCGUUUUCAGCCCCUUUUACGGUCUAUUCACCAAAGAAGUUCCCUGGUAUGACAGAAUCCACCCGUCUUUCCAGGGCAUUUGCCAAACAGGGAAUACAAAUUGCCAUAAGAAAAGUCGGACAUUCAAAACGUGUGGCUGACGGACAUUACGAUGCGGAAGAUAAAAACCAGGGCACGAAUAGCAGAAAGGAAAGCGACAGCCAGAUGGCGGUUGACUUUAUCACCGACCCUGUAACAUCCACUAAUCCUAAAAGAAAUACCUUUACGCGCAUCCCGAUCGAGCAUGUUCUUUCAGACGACCAAGAAUCUUAAAUACAGGACAGGACAUAACUGGACAAGCACAAGCACAAGACAAGAUAAAAUUAGACUAGGCAGCAGAGUACAGUACAGUAUAGUACAGUACUGGACUGGACUGUAUUGGGCUGGACUGGACUGGAUCUAUCUUAUAUUGAUCUUUCUCACACAAAACAAAAUGACAAGAACCAAGACCAAGGGGAUGGUAAAUGCACAGAACGAGGCACCGGGAUAAUCUUAAGUUUUGUUACUUUAUUCUCUAUUUCCCUUUCUUAUUCAAUGUUACUUUAAGCUAUAAUAUGUUACUCUAUGCUAUGCUAUACU